AUGGACCAUACGGAGCUUUGGAAACACCGUGUGUGGAUUUAUCUGCCCCGGGGGGAUUUUCCUCUGCAAGGCUAUGUCGACUUAUCGGAAGAAGCCAUUUCACACGAAGAGCAAGAGCCCUUUCCGAAAGACGAAUCCCCAUAUUUUAGUCCUCAAAGCCUCCCUGGCGUAUUUCCAGGACAGGAGAAAUUUUGCUCGCCAUUGUCGGCAAAUCAGACAAUUGCUACCAGUGUCAACAGUCUGCUCAUAUCGUCGAAUUUGGUCCAGCUCUAUCAUGACGUCUUCGAGCACAAUCUCUCUUGUUGGCUCACAGAAAGCACUUGUCCAUAUCUACUACACGGCUCUCAAACAAAUCUCCAAGUCCGAGCAAAUACCCAGAGUUAUACGGAGCAAACGAAUGCUCAAUCAACCUACAACAGAAUUUACCGGCGAACGGUGGAGCUGGACAAGGCAGCUUUAGCUGCAGGGGUAAUAUCUCUGACUCCUCUACAAGACCAAGCAGCGUCCGAGGCUCUUAAUCUUGCCGUAUUGGCGUUUUCUGCGCAGUGGGCUCAGGGAAGCCAAAGGGCACGGGCUGACUUCGCUUCCUCACUUCGACAGAGCAAUGACUAUAGAUCAAAAACGCCCGAAUUUGAUGAAACACUUCAGCGACAGCUUUGGGAGACGGCAAAAGCUGCUUUGGAGCGCACAGCAUAUCUGGAGUCCUACAGGGUCGCAUAUGCGGAGGUCAUAUUCGCCUUGACCCAGCGGAGUUGGGACGAUGGCUCGAAAGUCAACGUUCAUGAGCUACCUACCAGUGGCGCGGUGAAAUCCAGGAUCAAUGAAAUCAUAGCCCAAGAGGGCCCUCCGAUCUAUAUGGAGAGAGCAGCCCGCAAAAUUCACAUCCUUGAAAGCCGAAUUGACACCGCUCUUGGCAAGGCGAAGUCACACUACGCAAAGGCCAACACCAAGAGUAUCAUCGAGCUUAACAUGCGGCAUCAUGGAACGCUGAGGCUUCUCCAUUGGCUUGUUGUUAUGGUUGAUACUGUAUCAUCCUCAAUGUACGAGCGACCGCUGGUUAUCUCCGAUGAGGAGAUCCAAUUCUGUCCAUCAGAUCAACCGAACGAAUGUGCAACGAGCGAAGUUCGUCGACUCCGCGAAAAUGCACUGGGCAUCCAAAACUUCAUUCGCGAUAACCUCUCUGACCCUGCUUACCUUCCUCAAUGGCCUUGCUCUUUUGCCGAGGCAUCGUAUGCAGUAGCUCAAGCAGCUCAAGUCAAAGUGUUGCUCUUUCGACAAGUAUCAUGCCUCCAGCGCUAUAUCCGCCAAGGAAGACCCCGCGGUGACAUUGAUUCUCUAGUUCAGACCGCCAUCAAAAUCCGUUCCUUCUGGCAGUCCACCUACGGCUGCUUUUUCAUGCAGCUAUCAGAGAAUAUCGACAGCGUCCCGCAACGGAUUCAAAACUGGUAUCUCUGUAUUGGAGCACAUUGGAAUCUUGCAGUCCUCAUUUUAGCAGACUUGCUUGAAACCAUAGCAUCAAGCGAGCUUACCCCUGAACGAGAUAUGCAGGCUAGUCGUCUCAAGCUUUCCUCGCAAUUUCGGAAAACCGCUUCCGAAGAACUUGCCUAUCUUGCCUACGUGGCUACACCAGAUCAUGACCCCCGCGCCAACCCGCAGCUGUCAGAGUUCCACCACGCAUUAGACGAGUCGCGAGUAUUGGCAGAGCCCUAUGCUAUGAUGCUUAUCCGAGGGUUUACGAAGGCUGCUAUGAAUCUUUUGAACGUUUUGGAAAAUUCAGUCCUCGAGGUCGAGGUCGAUCUCAAUCGGAGGAGGCUUCGAGAGUGCACAAAAGUUCUUUGGUACCUUGGCAAAAAGUCUUCCAUGGCGAGGCAAAUUGCAGAGGUUCUCCAUGGGAUUUGCCGAUCCUUCCAAGAGCCCGACGGAAACCAAACCGGGUGGUCGGACUCAUGGUUUGGUCAUGAUAUCUCAGUCUUUUGA